UGCUCUCUAUUUUGCCUCUUAUCAAUCCGUCUUUUCCAAUAUAAACUGAGGACAAAGCAACGUGAUUUUAUCACUCAAGACGACUCAAGAUGAAAGUCGGCGUGUGCCUAUUGUUGGCCCUUCUGGGUUCUGCCCUGGGCUACAACUCUUACUCAGGGUAUCAAGUACUGCAGACCAGAGUCUUGACAAAUGAAGACGCUGAGCUCCUGGCGCCUUUCAUGAACAGGCCUGAAUUUGAUUUUGUGAUAACUCCUCGCGUAGGACGCGCCGCUGAGAUCAUGGCCUCUCCCGAAAACGUCGUAAUCCUCAGGAAUAACUUGAAAAGACUGAAUUUGGAACCCAUCAUAAUCGUCGAGGACGUUGGAAUUUUGAUCGAAAAGGAGAGGAGCGAAAUCGCUCACAAGCGUGCUCUUGAAAAGAAGGAAGGCCGCGCCCCAGCCCUCGACAGGUUCCUCAGCUUUGAUGAGAUUGAGGCUUACAUCGAUGAAGUCGCGGCUGCCUUCCCGAACAUUGUCAGUGUCAUUCAAAUUGGCACCUCUUAUGAAGGUCGUCCCCUCAGGGUAGUCAAACUCUCCAACGGCCCUGGAAAGAACGCGAUCUGGUUCGACGCUGCCAUCCACGCCCGAGAGUGGAUCGCACCCCCCACCGCCCUCUUCGCCAUCAAUGAACUGACCGAAAACCUUGCCAACAACCAGGCUCUCCUGGACGCCAACGACUGGUACUUCCUUGUGGUUGCCAACCCUGAUGGCUACUCGUACAGUUGGACUGAUGAUCGCCUUUGGAGAAAGACCCGUCGCCCCAACCCCGGCGGCACCCCCUGCGUUGGAACUGACCCAAACAGGAACUUUGACCAACACUGGGGAGAGGCUGGCAUCCCUUCACCGUGCGAUGAAACCUUCCCUGGCGGUGCACCCUUCUCUGAAUCCGAAACCAAGGCCAUUUCGGACUUCAUUUUGGCUACUCCUAGCAUCACUUUCUAUGUGGCCAUCCACAGUUACGGACAAUACAUUCUAUAUCCAUAUGGACACACAGGUCUCCUACCACCCACUGUGGAUGAAUUGGACCGCGUUGCACAAGAAGCCAACAACGCUAUCACGAGUGUGAAUGGAAACUCAUAUGAUAUUGGAACUACAGCCGGUCUUUUGUAUCUCGCAUUCGGAGUGAGCAAUGACUGGGCGUAUGACCAGGCCAACAUUCCCUAUGCUUACACCAUCGAGUUGCCUGGAGGCGGCCUUGCAGGCUUCAACCCUCCUGCAUCACUAAUCGCUCCAACAAACGCUGAAUGCUGGGAAGCGUACAAAGUUUUUGCAGCAAACAUUCCUGCUGCCAGACGUUAAAUACAAAGUUUUUAAAAUCAAUAAAAAUGAUUGUAAAAUA